GGGGCGGGGCGGCGGGGGAUGCGCCCCUGCGCUAGGCAGUGUCGCCUACCCUCCUUCCGCACAGCCCGGGUUUCCGCUUCCCUCCGGGCGUGAGAAGAGGGGUUCCAGGCCGAGCCCCGGCCGUGCCACCGCCGCUGCCAUGUGGCCCCCAGACCCCGACCCCGACCCGGACCCCGAGCCCGCCGGCGGCUCCCGUCCCGGCCCCGCUGUCCCCGGGCUCCGCGCCCUACUGCCGGCGCGCGCUUUCCUCUGCUCUCUCAAAGGCCGCCUCCUGCUGGCCGAGUCGGGUCUCUCGUUCAUCACUUUUAUCUGCUAUGUGGCAUCCUCAGCAUCUGCCUUCCUCACAGCACCUCUACUGGAGUUCCUGCUGGCCUUGUUCUUCCUCUUUGCUGAUGCCAUGCAGCUGAAUGACAAGUGGCAGGGCUUGUGCUGGCCCAUGAUGGACUUCCUGCGCUGUGUCACCGCAGCCCUCAUCUACUUUGCCAUCUCCAUCACGGCUGUCGCCAAGUACUCGGAUGGGGCUUCCAAAGCCGCUGGGGUAUUUGGCUUCUUUGCUACCAUCGUGUUUGCAAUUGAUUUCUACCUGAUCUUUAACGACGUGGCCAAAUUCCUCAAACAAGGGGACUCUGCAGAUGAGACCACAGCCCACAAGACAGAAGAAGAGAAUUCCGACUCGGACUCUGACUGAAGGCCUGGCGGGUGCCCUGGCAACCUGAGCCACACAGGCCUCCACUCCUGCGCCUCACAGGGGACACUGGCGUUGGAGGGGAAGCCUGGACUUCUGAGUUGCAGAGGGGGCUGCAGACACAGCAGGCCCCCCACAGCUUCAGGUUCUGCCUGAGCCCAGCCUACCAGGCUUGCCCCUCAGCUCAGCACUGUUGACCAUGCUGCGUGUGAGGGCAUCUUGGAUGUCCCACCCCUUCUCCCCAUUUCCGUCCCACAAGCCUUCAGCCCUUUAACCUCUCUGCCAAAAACCAGCACAAGGAGACAAAGCAGAGCCUUGUCUCCACCUGGGCAGCAGGUGUUCCAUGCUGCUAGGUGGUGGGGGUCGGGGGUCUUCUGUUUCACUAACAGGAACAAAGACAGAAACCGUGACAGGGCUGCCCCGCCAGGCCCCGCUGGGUUUGUCUGCACUUGGUGCUCCUGCCCACACCAGGCACUUUGGUGACAAUGACCCUUCCAAGAAUCUUUGGUUCAAGGAGCACCAGUUCCCUCUUCAUUCCUGAAGCAGGGAGAAACUGACCUUUGCCUUGUCGCUCAGGAGAGUGGGGCUCCGCACCCAUAACUGACACCUCCCACCCUUGGAAACCAUGUUUUCUGGGGGUGAGAUGACCAUUCUGGGUCUAAGACUGUUUCAAAGAAGAGCUCAUAGACUGACUGGACCAGAAGACAGAGGGUACAACAGUGACAUCACAGUGACAGUGUCACGGGGAGCUGGGCGGGCCCAGCCAAACCCUUCUUCUUCCUAGAGCCCAGGCAGCAGGCAGGAGUUCCUGGACCCUCAGGACAGUGAACUUCCAGACCCCAGGGCAGGUCUAUGGGCCACUGCGGGAGAUGAGACCAGCCUUCUGUGUUCACCUAAUGACUUAUACUGUGUAUCUGUCUUUGAUGGAAUUUUGUAACUUUUUGUAUUUUUUUUUAUACAAAAGCAGCUUCUUAACAGAUGGCAUUUUCUGUGACUCUAGGCCUCACAAAAGAGCCAGAGUUCUGGACCCAUGUUUGGAGCAUCUGUAGCCUUAUUCUCUUGCAUGUGAAUCUCUUACCCUGAAAAAAAGCCAUAAUGAAUUAAGCCAGACUGAC